AUGGUCAACCAGAAAAUAGUCCGGGUAGCCAAAAAACCCAUCAAACCAAUCUGGGAGAUCCACGAAAGUCUCUUGCGGAAACUGGAUCGAAUCCAAGGGCCAGCCUCCAAUGUUACCGUAGUACCAAGUAAAAUAGAGCUGGUUGAAUUCAGCAGCACUGUGAGUCUCGUCUGCUCUGCGUCUGGCUCCUCACUUUCAUUUAUUUGGCUGAAUGGCAUCUCUGAGGUAACAGCAGGGGAUCGAGUUCAGCUAACAGACAACAACAGCAGUCUGACCAUUACUAGUGUGAUCAGAGGUGACACAGGCCCAUACCAAUGUGAAGCAUCCAGCAUCUUCAGCAAAGAAAUUAGUCCUCCACUGAUCCUCACCAUUUACUGUGAGUUAACUCUUGUUGACAGUCAUGAGAUUUAUCCAACAAACAUGCAUGAUAUACCUGGCCUGCACAAGACCAUGAUGCCUCUAAAGCUGACUAAACAUGGACAGUUCCAUUGCAGAUGGUCCAGAAAAUGUUGCUGUUGAAGCAGAUCCAUGGAACCCUUUUACAGCUCUGGGUCAAACCUCAUACUGACCUGCUCAGCUGAGUCCAACCCUGCUGCUGAGUUUCAGUGGGCUGUGAAUGGAACAGAGCUUGGUGAAAUAGGCCAAGAGCUCUGACUGAGCAACAUUCAGAUCAGUCAAAGUGGCAAUUACAACUGCAUCGCCCAUAACAGGCAGACCUUUAGAUACUCCAUGUCUGAAUCCAUCAGUAUCACUGUACUAGAUGGGUUAUAGUUUAGUUAUUGAAUUCUUGUGCAACAAAAAAUAACUAGUGUAGGGAUUUUAGCAAGCGGUGGGCGGAACACAGACACACAGGAGGCUGUUUCAAUGUUAUGGGAGAUUUAUUUAUGACAAUCGGUGAGCUGGGGUGCGUGUGUGUGUGGGUUGAAGGGCGAUCGGGCGGUGAGGGUCUCAGCCGUCGGCGGUUACAGCCAAGGGGGCGGGGCGGAGCCGUCA